CGGUUGCACACCGUGCGCAGCCUGAUUUGUGGUCCGUCAUGGAAGUCGGUGUUUGGAGAGUGUAAUAGUUAGCGUUUGGUAUUUGCGAUGGCAGAAACACAUGAGAGAGCUCCAUCUGUGAUUGAUCGCUAUUAUACACGAUGGUAUAAAACAGAUAUGAAAGGGAGAUCAUGUGAAGACCAUUGCAUCCUACAGCACUCGAACAGGAUCUGCAUCAUCACUCUUGCAGAGUCUCACCCCAUCCUCCAGCAGGGACGCAAAAUCAAGAGCAUCGAUUACCGUAUCAGUGACGGAUGCAGCCGCCUGAACAACAAAGUGUCUGGCAAAUCAAAGCGAGGGGGUCAGUUCCUGACAGAGUUUGCUCCGCUGUGCAGAAUAACAUGCACAGAUGACAUUGAGUACACCAUCUUCAGCUGUAUCAGAGGACGCCUCUUAGAAGUCAAUGAAGACAUCCUGAAACGUCCUGAUCUUCUACUGGACAAGCCCUCCACUGACGGCUACAUAGCGGUCAUCUUACCCAAACUGGAAGAGAGCAAAACAGUCACCAAAGGCCUUCUGACCAGAGAAGAGUAUGAGGACGUCAUCUCUAAACGAAAUACUCAACCGCAAGAGUCUCUCUGAAAUCAAAAUUUACACAAAUGGCCUCAGCAAAAAAAAAAAAAAAAGAAAAGAAAA